UUACAAUUAAUUGCGCAAUCUUCAUCCUUUUCUCUUGCCAAUUCCACACACAUUGAAAAACGGUUCGUCUUUUCUUUUCUUUGCUCCUCUCCAUCCCUCUCCUGGUUUCUAUUUCCUUUUUGCUCAUUACAUAUCUCCCCGAUUUGAAGAGAUAACUCUUUCCUCUCCGCCCCUUUGGACAACAAACAACAACAACAACAACAAAAGUUCAAAGACAAUUGCAAAUGACGAAUCGUGGACGAUACGGUACCACCUCUUCAGCAAUAGCAUUCCCGUCUGCUGGGUCGCAACGGCAGCCGACUGUAUUCAGUGUCAACGGAAGCAGCGUAAAUCAUGCAAACCUCCGCCGACACCUCCGCCCUGACGAACUGCAACCACAGGAUCCACCACCACUCGUACGACAAGGCGCAUUUAUGUUUGACGAAACCGUGGAUCCUGUAUGUAGAAUUUGUUUUGGUAUCAGCGAGGACCAGGAAAAUGGACAAUUCAUCCGGCCUUGUCAGUGCCGCGGGAGCAUGUACGUACCUUACCAAUACCCAUACUAUCAUCAUUCUUCACAAUCGUCAUUACCAUCACCGCCACCGCCAGCACCACUUCAACUACCACCAUCAUCACCGUCGUCGUUGGCACAACAACAACAACAACAACGGGGAGGAGUAGAAGAAGAAGAUGGAGAACAAAGUACUAGUAAUGAUAAGAAUUAUAAUGACAAAGGCUCACCAUCAUUCCUCCUUUCUCCCUUACUUCAUCAUUGUCACCAUCAACAACACAGUGGCGACGUACAUGACAAGUGUCUAGAGAGCUGGCUACAAUCUGUGGGUACCACACGUCAAUGCAGCACUUGUUUACAUGACUAUACCUUACCACCAACAACGUAUACUUCACAGCAGCAGCAUCAUCAUCAUCAUCGUCGUCGUCAGGCUUCUUCUUCCUCCUCGACCGCUCGAAAACAUAUUAGUAGUAAUUACACCACUCCACCCCCUGCACGCUUCGCCCUUCCUGCAUUACUUUCGUCAUCAUCCUCUACAAAAAAGCAUCCUCAUCUGUCGUCAGGCAAUCUAUUCAUUGCACUGAGCUCCGCAAGGUACCUGGCUCAGAAAUCGAUGAUAACCCUGAAGCACCGUUAGGUCGUCCGGAUUACAUAUGGCUCCCGAUUGUGGAUUGGGGGUGUUGGCAAACCAGCUACUGGGGACAAUGCUUGGCGCUGCUCGAGUACUUCCUGUGGCGACCGGGCUAUCUUGCUUGCUUUACAUUAUGUGCCUCCAUUGCAUAUCUGCUUGUCCACUUUUACCGUAUGCCU